AUGAGCAACGCUCCCGAUUCUUUAGGCUAUCCUGUAGCCAAGGCUACGGAGGUCGAAUACAAGAGUCCGAAAGCCGCAAGCAACCCCAUCGUGAGGGGCCUCCCACUCUCUAUUGGCGCGUCUAUCAUUGCCUCCUCCAGUAUACUCCAGAACUAUCUAUGGACAAAUGCUGGCUUCGAUGUCCUCCGCUCCAUACCGCAGCUGCGAGAUUUCUCUGCACGCCAUGAUCCGACCGUAACACCCAUCGCAUCCACCGCCGCACCACAGGUCACUUCCAAUUUUGCAAACGCUGAUGGCUUACGCGAACCUCCCGGGGACAUCAAACACCGCUUCUACUCCGUGCUCGACUAUCAUAAGGCGUAUCUUGCCGGAACAUUGACGCCCACAGCCGUCGCGCAGUCACUUCUCCCACUCAUCCGGAAAGAUGUUGCAUCCCCGACCAAGCACUCUAUCGCAUUUAUAGAUACAAAAGUCGAGCUUGUGCUCAAAGCUGCGGAAGCUUCAACACUACGAUACAAGGAAGGGAAACCGCUUGGCGUGCUCGAUGGUGUUCCUGUGGCAGUUAAAGACGAGGUUGAGCUCAGCGGUUACAGGACAACGUUGGGAUCUGUGAGGGAUUAUACGAAUAAAGAUGGACUGACCAGUUCGUGCAUAGAGAAGUGGAUAGAGCAUGGGGCAGUGGUGAUUGGAAAGACUAAUAUGCAUGAAAUUGGAAUGGAUACUACCAACAACAAUCCAAAUUGGGGAACUCCGCGGAAUCCCUAUAAUGAGAACUACUAUACUGGGGGGUCGUCAGGAGGCAGCGGCUACUGUGUAGGAAAGGGGUUGAUCCCAAUCGCACAUGGCGUUGAUGGUGGCGGAUCAGUGCGUCUUCCAGCCUCUUUCUGUGGUGCUUUUGGGUUGAAGCCCUCACACAGUCGUGUCUCCUCAUACCCGACCGGGACCUCCAGCGUGACUGUAUCAGGUCCCAUAGCUGCGAAUAUGGUAGACCUCGAGGUCGCAUUUCGCGUUAUGGCGGCCCCUGAUCCUCAUGGAAAUCUCAACGCCUCCUUCCCACUGGCGUACCCCUCACAGCAACCUAGGAAGAAGAUAUUAGGCGUCUACAAGCCGUGGUCCGACCGUGCCGAAGAGUCAGUUCGACUCGCAUGUCAGCGUGCGGUGGAUUGGUAUAUCACGCGGCUCGGCUACGAGGUUGUCGAUAUCAAUAUCCCAUAUGUCCACGAGGGCCAGACCGCGCAUGCUAUGACCAUUCUCAACGAACAGCUGUCCGACUUCCCAGAUAUCUCAUUUCUGACAGCGCCGAACAAGUUGCUCCUUUCGGUAGCCAGCAAGACACCUGCAACGGACUUUGUUCUUGCGCAGAAGAUGCGCAACCUUCUCAUGCAACACCUCGCAUCCCUAUUCAAGACCUACCCAGAUAUGAUCAUCGUCACUCCGACGACUCCAAAAGCAGGCUGGCACAUAGAAGCGGAAGGCGACCUGAAGCACGGAGUAACAGAUGCUAAUCAGACUCUUCAGAACAUGGAAUAUGUAUGGCUGGCAAAUUUCUGCGGACUGCCUGGUCUGACAUUCCCGGUCGGAUACGCAGAGCCCAAAGGAGGCGAAGGCCGUGUUCCCAUCGGCCUCAUGGGCCAGGCCGUUUGGAAUAACGAGAAUGCAUUAAUCGAAUGGGGCUACGAGGGUGAGCGAUACAUCGCGGAAGCCCUGGAAGGCGGUCGGCAGAUCCCAAACGAUUGGGUCGAUGUCUUCGCAUUAGAGAGCCCUUCAGAAUGA